AUGUCCACCAAGCAAUCCAAACCAAAACAGGCAUGCGACAACUGUCGCCGUCGCAAAAUAAAAUGUUCCCGUGAACUACCAUGCGACAAAUGCCAACGGCUACUUCUCUCCUGCUCCUACAGCGACGUCCUCCGUCGCAAGGGCCCUAAAUUUCGUACCCUGUACCCCCUAGCCCCGAUCCACCCUCUGUCAUCCCGGCAAGACCCUCCUGAGAAUGUGUAUCCCGAGAAUGCCGGCAUCGGUGAGAUCCCGGACUACCAAUUUAACUCGCCGGGAUUUAUAAUCGCAGACUCGCAGUUUGCAGGCCAGGAUUUUUCGGAUACUUUUCCCCACAUACCGCCCCCGGAACUCGUUUCGUCUCCAGGCUCCACGGACUCAACCGUGGAAUCCGCCAUUGGUUAUGGCUUUGGAUAUGCGAGACCGGCCGCCCGCCGUCUCUCGCCGCAGAUUCUGCUCGUUCAUGUCAAUAUCUAUCUCAAAUACCUGUUCCCUAUUAUGCCGGUGGUCAGCGCGGACCAGCUCCGGCUGGAUUGCCAUCAGCCCGGGCAGCUGUCGGCGCAGCGGUAUGCACUUUUGGCGUCCCUGUGUGCGGCUACACAUAUCCAGUUAAAGCUGGACGGGGCCACGCCUGUACCAGAUCCUGCCCGUUUGCAGAGUAUGAGUAUUGGGGAUGGGCACUCUUUGAUGUCUGGAGAAGAGCUUCUUUCGGAGGCCGUGCGGGCGCGGCUGGAUUGUGAUGUUUUGGAAGAACUGAGCACAGAGUCACUUUUGACAUCGUUCUUUUUGUUUGCCUCGUAUGGGAAUCUUGACCGUCAGGACCAGGCUUGGUUCUUUUUGUGCCAGGCCACCUCGUUUGCAUUCACACUUGGGUUGCAUCGCGAGUCAACGUAUGCAGAGUAUGAGGUUGAAGAAGCGGAGGAAAGACGGCGUGUGUUCUGGCUUUUGUUUAUUACAGAGAGAGGUUAUGCUCUCCAACAAGCGAAGCCAGUUAUGCUGCGCAGCUCUAUUCACAAGCCUCAGGUCCUUUGCUCCGAAGAUCCUAUCCUGGCUUAUGGAUUCAUCAACCUGAUCAACAUCUUUGAGAAUCUCACCCCGAACCUUUAUGAUUGGAUCUCCGCCGGUGCCGGAGAUAGCAUAUUAGAGAAACCGCCAACAUCUGCCAUCCAAUCCAAUCUGUGCAAGGCUAUUUCCCUGGAGGGAGUCCUUGAGAUCCAGCAGGUUGAUAUCUUGAUCACUCAACAGUGGCUGCAGACGAUGAUGUGGAAACUGUCUAUGAGCCAUGCCACGCAGCCUGGUUCGCACGAUGACCCAGUUUUGCCAUUUCAUCUACCAGUGGUGGUGGGUAAGUCAGUGAUGAGCGUGAUUGGUGCUGCAUCGCAAGGGGCUGUUGAUGCGCAUGGAAUCGGAAUGGAGCAAAAACUCUUUGAUCUAGGAUCUUCUGUCGCCGAUGUGACUAGAUCCCUUGCACCAAAAGCCAUCCAUAGACUGGCCGAGUCGACUAUUGAUCCAAACGAGUUGCUAUGGGGUAUACUUCACACGCUUUCUCAGAUUCGUGGCUCGCCCUCGUACCUCUUCCCUACAUUGCUUGAUCGUUGCAGAACCGUUCUUGGACUCGAUUGCAACAUCACCACGGGAAACUUCCUCCCUAUACUCGGUGCUGCUGUGCCGGAUCAGUUGGCUUCAUGGUCCGGCCAGCAUGUCUGGGAUUACACUGCCAGUGGCGAGGAUAUGGAGAUCCAUGACGUCGAUAGCCAAAGGCAAAUUGUCUUGGCGUGUUUGUUUCGGUAUCGAAUCUCCAAUUUGGUGAUCGGCUUCAUGCUACUUUCCAAGGUUCUCGUCUCAAUUGCUCAGGAUAUCCUUUAUUUGAUAAUCCUCGGGUCUCCGCGCCAACUAAAGCUCACCAGAGCACCAAAACCCCGGAGCCAAUUCUCUAUUGAACCUCAAAUCUCGCCCACAACCAAGACCAUUACCUCCGCAAUGGCCUCCCUCCGACCCCGUACCCUCCCACUCUCAGUCCGAGCCCUCCGCUCAACCCUCCGCUCAACAAGGCCCUCACCAAACCACUCUUUCUCCGCACCCGCAUUCACCCCAUCAACCCAAACCCUCCCAACCCGGGCGCACUCAACAUCCUCCGUCUCCGCCGAUGAACUCUCCCACUUCUCCGGCCUCGCCAGCUCCUGGUGGGACCCAAUGGGCCCCUCGCGAAUCCUGCACCUAAUGAACCCUCUCCGACACGAAUUCAUCGCCUCCUGCCUAGCAGAAGGAACCUCAAACCCAACCCCAUCCACACCCUCCACCGCAACCCUCAACUACCUCGACGUAGGCUGCGGCGGCGGCAUCUUCGCCGAGUCCCUCGCACGCACAAUCCCCCUCAACCCAACCGCCCCAGCCCCAACCCCAACCCUCGCCGCCUCAAUGACCGCAAUCGACCCGUCAACGGACCUAAUCCAAAUGGCGCGCGAGCACGCGCGCAUGGAUCCCACCGUUGACACGCACCUGCGUACAGGUCGCUUCAAGUACCUUAAUACGACGCUGGAGGAUGUACUUGCCGGCAACGCUGGCACUCCCACUCCCACUCCCGCUUCAACUCAAACCCAAAGCCCGAAUUCCAGCUCUACCUCAACUCAACUUACUCCCCCACAAUUCGACGUCGUAACCCUCUUCGAAGUCCUCGAACACAUCGACCCGAAAACUUCAACCCCGCUAAGCUUCCUGAAAAACUGUCUGCGCGCGCUCAAACCCGGUGGUUGGCUGAUUGGAUCUACUAUUUCGCGGACGCUGCCGUCGUUCCUCCUGAACCAGGUUAUUGCUGAAGCCCCGUGGCCGAUAGGUGUUGUGCCACGCGGGACGCAUGAAUGGAGCAAGUUUGUUAACCCAGAUGAGGUAAAGGGGUGGUUGCAGGAGGGGUUGAUGAGGGCUGCUGAUACGGGUGUUUCGAGGGGUGGGGGUGCAGUUGCGGAGGGGAUGAGGUGGAAGUGUGUUGGUGCUAUUUAUAUUCCUGGUAUUGGAUGGAAGAUGGUACCUGGGAGUGAGGAUUGGGGUAAUUAUUUCUGGGCUGUUAGGAAGGAGCUUUAG